AUGUCAGUAUAUGAACAUGGAGCUGUUCCCAAGGUCAAGCAUGACACUGCGGAUGACGAUCAAAUUGAUGAUUUCACAUAUGAACUUGAGAGGAUAGGUCGCUUAUCAUUUCUUGAAAAUAUCACUUUACCAAGCUUAUCGGGAUUACCCUAUAUACCUAAAUUGUCAAAUCUACCCAAUCUACCCAAUCUACCCAAUCUUCCCAACCUUCCCAACUUACCAAACUUUGAACACUUUGACGCUGGAUACGCUGAUGUGCUAGAUUCUUUAACUGACCUUAUACACCAAGCUGUAACCCUACCGGACGAUACUAGUGAUGUCGAAGAAGUUGAAGAGAGGGGCGAUGAAUUCAGCACCGAAGAAGAUGACAACAAGAGUGGCAUAGAUUUGACGUUGGUCAGUGAGUUGAUCAGUCGGGGACAAGCAAGCAUUGCCAAAUUUAUCAACCAGAUAGCUCUACGUAAAGAAGGCGAGGGCGAUGAACUAGGCAAAGCCAAUACUACUGCAGACAAUAGUGAACAGUUUGUUGAACGUGACUUGGAAUUAGAGCGGCUUGGAGAGGACAAGAUUCGCAAGUUGACAGAGCUAGACUCAAUUGAGGAUUUCAAAAGAGAGGAGAUUCUUCGGGGUAGGAUCAAAAGCAUACAAAGUUUGUCUCUCAGUCAAGAAUCGAAAAAUAAGUUGGUGACAACACUAAUGAUGGGGAACUAUUAUAGAUAUAUCAACGAGCAACUACGAGAGGAAAAGGAAAGAUUGUCGAACAUUGGUUUCCGAAAACAAGUUUAUGAUGAUGAUUCAAGGUAUUUCAGUGAUGGAACGGAGCGAACAACCGAGGGUGUUCAAAGUAUUGAUACUCAGAUAAACUACGACGAUGGCGACAAAGAAGAAGAAGAAGAAGAAGAAGAAGAUGAUGAUGAUGACAAUGACGAUGACGAUGAUGCUGGUGCAUUUUCGGAUGAGGAUGAGGUGAUAAUAACCGAAGAGGACCAAGCACCAUCCUACUUUGACAAAUCGGGGCGUAUUUUAGGGUGCCGGCACUACCAACGGAAUUGUAAAUUGGAAUGUCCCACAUGCCGUAAAUGGUUCGGAUGCCCUUUUUGUCACGAUGAGGUAGUCAAGGAUCAUAAAAUGAUUCGUAAUAAAGUGAAGCAUAUUUUGUGCAUGCAUUGUAAUACACCACAAGUUCCAGAUAACAACUACUGUGUCAAUUGUGAACAAGAAUUGGCCAAUUAUUUUUGCAACAAGUGUGUUCUUUACGACAACGACGUCAACAAGGAUAUUUACCACUGUGACAAAUGUGGAAUAUGCCGAUUAGGACUCGGUUUAGAUAAAGAUUAUUUCCAUUGUGACGUAUGUAAUAUUUGUCUUUCAAUUGAUUUGAAAGAUAAGCACAAGUGUGUUUCGAAUACGACCCAUUGCAAUUGUGCUAUAUGCCACGAGUACUUGUUCACAUCAGUUGAGAAAGUUGUGUUUAUGAAGUGCGGCCAUUCAAUCCAUCAAUUGUGUUUUAAAGAAUUGACAAAACAUUCAUACAAGUGUCCAUUGUGUAAAAAGACAAUUGUGAAUGUCGAUCAACAGUUUCGCCUCUUGGACCAAGAGAUCAAUCAAAGCCCCAUGCCGUCUCCAUACAAUGAAUGGCGAUGUAUUGUGAGCUGUAAUGACUGUAAGGGGAAGUCGAAUGUCGCAUAUCAUGUACUAGGAUUGAAGUGCAAGUAUUGUAAAAGCUUCAAUACUAAUCAGCUACAGUUGAGGAAACCAGGAGAAGAAGUGGUUGAGAUAGAAGCAGGUGAGGCCAGUAUCGGUGGAAAUCCCGAACACAUUGUCGAUUUCGACUCAAAUAUAAUGCGAUUAGUGCAAACUAAUCUCGAACGUAAUUUUGCAAUCGAUCUACAGCAGUAA